AUGACAACCCCACUCGCGACGCCACUGAACCUCACCCUCCUCAUAUUGAUCCUCACGCUAAUCUACCUGCGCCUGCGCCCCUCCUCUCCACCGUCUUUACCAGCAGGCCCCCCACCCAUCGUCUUCCAGACUUUCACGCCACGGACACUCCUGAAAUAUAAUGGCACAGAAGGGGCGCCGGUGUACCUCGCCGUCAGGGGCAAAGUCUACGAUGUAUCCUCGGGCCGUAACUUCUACGGGCCCGGUGGACCGUAUGAGAAUUUCGCGGGCCGGGAUGCGACGAGGGGCCUCGCGUGCCAGAGUUUUGAUGAGGAGAUGUUGACGAAGGAUUUGGAUGGGCCGCUUGAUACGUGUGAGGAUUUGACGGGGGAGCAGGUGGAAAACUUGAAUGGGUGGAUUGAGAGGUUUGAUGAGAAGUAUUUGGUUGUAGGGAAAUUGGUGGCCUUUCGCAAGACGGACUUUCAUUGA